GGUGCGCGUGGUUGUCGUGGUUGUGAUGGUUGGGUUCGGGUGGCCCUCGUGUGCUCAUCGGCGUCAACGUGCCAGUUAAUUUCUUGUCGAGACGUAAAGAUGCGAUCGUUCAAACGGUGCGACACAAGUUGAACUGUACUACCUACUAAGAGCACGGACCACAGAGUAGGAAGGGUGAGCGGAGGGCACCAUGGCGUCGGUGUACCCGUGCAAGGACACCGACGAGUGCGUGGAGUUGUCGCGCGCCCACGGCCUGUAUUUGCGCCCUAUCGCGUGCAUCAACAUCUCGGUGCAGAUGCCACCGCUGAAGGCGCCCGGCAAGUCCAUCUCCAGCUGGGCCGUCCGUGAGAAGGUGACCGCCAUGAUCGACGAGGGCAAACUGGUCUCUCUCAAAGUGACCAAGAGCUCGCUGGAGUUUAUCCGGUUCGAGGGCGAGCUGGAGAGUCGCCGCUCGCUGAAGAGCGUGCUCGGCCAGCUGGACAAUCGCACCAUCAAGCUGUCUGGCUUCUCGGGAGCGGUGCUGGUGCGCGCCGCCGAGGCGCGCCUCACCUUUCCCACGCGCCACGACUGGGACUCGUUCUUCCGCGACGACCGCACCAUGAACGAGAUGCGGCCGGGCGAGCGGCCCGACACGGUGCACCUGCAGAACCUGCCCGUCCGCUGGUUCGCCGACGCCACGUCGGGCGCCGUGGACGAGGCGCUCGUGCGGCGCGUGUUCGAGCAGUGGGGCGACGUGCGCUGCGUGGACGUGCCGGCGCUCGACCGGCUGCGCAAGAAGAUGCGCCCGGACAUCUCGGGCGUGCGCGCCACCUUCGACCACGCCGACGACGAGACGUUCGAGGCAUACAUCCAGUACAAGGAGUACAUGGGCUUCGUCAAGGCGAUGACCUCGCUGCGCGGCAUGCGGCUGGUGCACCGCGAUGGCGAGCGCUGCUGGACGGCCGCCGUGCGGGUGGACUUUGACCGGACCCGCCACCUGAGCGAGCGCAGCAUCAAGCAGCGCCGGCUGGAGCGCGAGCGGCUGCUGCAGGAGGACCGCCAGCUGGACGAGCACGGCCGUCGCUCGCGCCAGCUGGACGAGCUGAAGCAGGCCUCGGCACGGCGCAAACAAGAAGAUGAAGAACGAGAAAGGAAGCAGCGCGAGAGACGCAGGCACAAGGCUCAUGAAGAGAAACGGCGGAAGAAGGAAGAAAAGCGAAGAGCUAAAGAGUUGAAAAAGCAAAAGGAGGAGGAGAAGGCCAUGCAAACCAAGAUCGAGUUGGAGGAGAGAAAGCUGUUGAUAGCACAGAGGAAACUGGAGAGUAUACGCCUUCUGGAUACCUUGUUCGAUCGGGUAAAGACGGAGCGUCAGAAGACCGAGGUGCAGCUCCGCGAAGCCGAGCUGAUCGACUUCCUGGCUGAGCGGCAGCACAAGAAGGCCGAGUCGGAGAGGCGCAGGCUGGCAAAGGAAAGAGAGGAAAAGGACAAGAUGCUGCUCAAGGAGAUGAAGCUGCGGGACAAACUGGUCAACACCUACAAGGUGUUCGAGGAGAAGAGGAUGGAGGAGCAGCGGGAGAAGCUGCGCAAGGCCAUCGAAGGCAAGCAGCAGCUGCGCAGCGUGCUGGCUAAGGCGUCGGUGUCGAGGAGAUCGUCGGUAGACAGCUCCUCCAGCUCGUCAAUCUCCUCGAGAUCCAAGUCAAGGUCGCGGUCCAGGUCGACCAUCUCGUCGCGGUCUCUCAGCAUCUCGAAGUCAAAGUCGAAAUCAAAAUCGAGGUCAAGGUCAAGGUCCAAGUCCAAAUCGCGGUCCAGGUCGCGAUUGACGUCGAGGUCAAGAUCCUUGUCGCGUCCGCGCUCCAGGUCCUACUCCGACUCAAGGUCGAGGUCAAGGUCCCGGUCGCCGAAUAGCCAGCGUCGGUUCGUGGGCCGGAUGCGGAUGGACAACAGCCCGUCGCGCGACUACUGGUCGGACGAGGAUGGCGGUCGCUCGCGCUCGUCCGACCCGCGCGUCUCGUUCCGGGGCCGCGGCCGCCCCAUGCACGACGAGCGCUUCCACUACAAGCGCUCGCCAGCCCGCGACCAGGACCGCGACCGUGAUCGUGACCGUGACCGUGACGGUGAUCGUGACCGCGACGGUGAUCGUGACCGUGACCGUGACCGUGACCGUGACGGUGAUCGUGACCAUGACCGUGACCGUGAUCGUGACAAGGACCGGGAGCGGAAAAGUUCGUCGGGCUCGUCGGGUGACGAGGCUGAGAUCCGCGUGCGCGAGGACACGAGUGAUUCGGGCGGCGAGCGGCCGCGCGCUGAGCCGCAGCGUCGCGUCUUCAGCCGCGUCUGGUCGCGCGACCACGGCUGGGUGGAGCGCGAGCGGAAGGAGAAGCGCCGCUCCAGCUCGUCGAGCUCGAGCAGCACCAAUUAG